CAGCUUCUCGUGAAUGUCUGCGACGCUAUCGCCGAGACUAUACGGUCUGCUGGUCUGGACAAAUGUAACGAAAGCUGUGAGCGGGAAAUGCAACAGCCUACAUCAAAAACAAUGCGGGUUUGUAUGCAACUGACGCAUUCAAUGUUACGCACAGGAGUCUUCCAAAGAUGUGGGCCCCUUCUGAAGAAACUCUUUGACGACAUCGUAAGUCUAACUAUCUGGUAUCCGAAGUACCGCUUAAAAGUUUCCUUAAUUAUUACUGGGUCUCUAUUUCUUGAAAAUUUUCAAUAUUAUAUGAUUCUCGAACGAUCUUUUUUUUUAUACCAGUAUACUAAAGAGGGAAGUCCAGCUAAUGCCGUGACAAAGUUGUAA